AGGAGAGAAAUUCAAGGAAUUACUCUCUGAAGAAUUAUGGGUUUAUGGAAUCACCAUUUUCAGGAAAACAACUUGUGCUUUCAAGCUCCUACUUUCAUAGAAUGGCUUAAGCCAAAUUCACCUUAUAAUAGUUCUAAUAAUUCUUCUUCUUCUUCUUCUUCUUCUAAUUCUUCUUCAUCUUCAUCUUUGAAUUCUAAUAUUACUCAUCAAGAUCUUGAUCUUCAGAAGAGUAGUACAAGUACUACACAAUGCUUACCUCUUCUAAGCAGGUUUACUGAGACAAAGCCUCUGAAGUUGGAGGAGUUUGGGGUGAAAAGGGAAAGUACUUUUGGAAUCAAAGAAGAGAAAAAUAUAGAGAAAGUUACAUUGUCUUUGCACAUUGGACUGCCCAACACAACAACAACAACAACAACAAGAACCGUUGAUUCCGGUGAUCAUGAUGAUGAUGAGAAGAAAGUUGUUGUUGAUCUGAUCAAGGAAGAUCAAGAACAGAAACAGCCCAUGAGGAAGAGCUUUCAAUAUGGUUGUUCUUUUAAUAUGGAGAGUAGGUUUUGGAUUCCGACUCCUGCGCAGAUUCUUGUUGGACCAAUGCAGUUUUCUUGUUCUAUAUGCAGCAAGACCUUCAAUAGGUACAAUAACAUGCAGAUGCACAUGUGGGGACAUGGAUCCGAGUACAGAAAAGGACCAGAGUCUCUGAAAGGAACACAGCCAGCAGCAAUGCUGAGGCUGCCAUGCUACUGCUGCGCUCAGGGCUGCAAGAACAACAUCAACCACCCGCGAGCGAAGCCGCUCAAGGACUUCCGAACCCUCCAAACCCACUACAAGCGGAAGCACGGCGCGAAGCCCUUCAGCUGCAGGAAAUGCGGGAAGACCUUCGCGGUCAAAGGCGACUGGAGGACGCACGAGAAGAACUGCGGCAAGCUCUGGUACUGCACUUGCGGCUCGGAUUUCAAGCACAAGAGGUCCCUCAAAGAUCACAUUAGAUCGUUCGGGAAGGGGCAUUCCCCGCACCCGUCGCUCGACGGGUUCGACCACGACGAAAAGGAGUGUGUCACUGCUGGCUCUGAGGACGAAGAGCUCGUUCACGCAUAGUCACAAGCAGUUGGUGGGUGUCUGCUUUUGUUUGAUAAAACUGGCUUUCUUCGGAGAAUACUAAGAUAAGAUUAGGGUAUGCAUAAAAGUUAGUCAUUAUGGUGUCCGAGAAAAGCUCGUGCUCGGUAACAAAAAAUUCUCAUGCAGUUUGGGAGCGGUUUGUUAUGGAGCACUUGCUGCAUGGACAUUACUUGGGCAAAAAAAAAAAAAAAAAAAAAAAAAAAAAAA